GAAGAAGCGACGAGAGGGGUGGGCUCGGGCUGGGGCCGCGCUGCCACCGUCGCCGCCAUUUUGUGUAGGCCGCGCUGAGGGGGAGGGGCUGUCGUCGCUGCUGCUGAGGCCCCGCCGAGAUGGUGAAGCUGUUCAUCGGGAACCUGCCGCGGGAGGCGACGGAGCAGGAGAUCCGGUCGCUGUUCGAGCAGUACGGGAAGGUGCUGGAAUGCGACAUCAUCAAGAACUACGGCUUCGUGCACAUCGAGGACAAGACGGCGGCCGAGGACGCCAUCCGCAACCUGCACCACCACAAGCUGCACGGCGUCUGCAUCAACGUGGAGGCCAGCAAGAACAAGAGCAAGGCCUCCACCAAGCUGCACGUGGGCAACAUCAGCGCCACCUGCACCAACCUGGAGCUGCGGGCCAAGUUCGAGGAGUACGGCCCCGUCAUCGAGUGCGACAUCGUCAAGGAAUAUGCCUUUGUGCACAUGGAGCGGGCUGAAGAUGCUGUCGAGGCCAUCCGGGGCCUCGACAACACCGAGUUCCAAGGCAAGCGGAUGCGCGUGCAGUUGUCUACGAGCCGGCUCAGGACUGCGCCCGGGAUGGGAGACAAGAGUGGCUGCUAUCGGUGUGGGAAGGAAGGGCACUGGUCUAAAGAGUGUCCGGUCGACCGCCCGGGGCAGGUGCCUGACUUUACCGAGACCUAUAACGAGCAGUACGGAGCAGUGCGCACUCCCUAUCCCACGGGCUAUGGGGAGACCAUGUAUUACGAUGACGGGUACGGAGGAAUGGUCGACUACUACAAGCGCUACCGCGUGCGCUCGGCCUACGAUGCCUAUGCAGAGCAGACCAUGGCCCAAUACUCCCAGUAUGCCCAGUACUCCCAGGUGCAGCCCACGGCCAUGGCCGCCGCCACCACAGCCAUGGCCAGCCGCCUCCCCACCACCCUAGACCCUUACGAUAGAGCUCUGCUGCCCACCCCGGGCGCGGCGGCGGCCGUCGCCGCAGCUGCCACCGCUGCCGCGGCAGCUGUGUCCUCCACCUAUUACGCCCGGGAUAGGAGCCCCCUGCGUCGCACGGCAGCCGCGGCCACCACCGUCGGAGAGGCGUACGCGUACGACCGGAACCAGCUGUCCCCAGCGUCGUCGGUCACGCGGGCGGCCUCCCUCUACGACGUGCAGCGGUUCGGGCGGGAUCCGUACGCGGACAGGGCGCGGUACUCUGCGUUUUGAGCCGGAGGUGAGCGUGCUUUCAGGUGUGGUUCAUAGAUGUCUGUUCUGGGGCUCUGAGAACAGACGCAGCAGAUUCUCUGCCUGCGUGUCACUUGUCAAGCAUUGAAGCCUGGGUCUUAAAAGCCAUAAUGACAUGCCGGGUCCUCUUAGGUCUAAGAAGGCACUGUCCAAGGCAGAGGUGUGGAGGCGAAGUGGGGUCGAACACAGACGUCCUGCCGGUUUCUGAGGUGCCUGUCAGCAGAGCUCUUGGUACACGGUGUGCGUAACGGGCAGGAGUGUACAAACUGGGGGCGGUGCUUUGUCUCCCUAGACUACCAGACAGCAGCAGCCAUGGUGGGGAGGGUAGUCAGGCCAAGGGCACCCUGCUUCGUGCAGUUAAAAGCCUGUCAGCUUGUGCUUGGUUGGUCUGGCUGCUGAGGAGAGCCUGCCCCUCUUGGGAAGAUGGCAGCAACGUUCAUCCUGACCUCGGGCUCUGGCACACUGGUAGGGGGUUGCUUUGGGGCCCAGACUGCCGGGUUGCAAACAAGUUUCUCCUGGCUCUGACUUGCCAACUGCUGCUGAGCGUAGAACAUGGGUGUAGCUUCCUUUGCACCAUCGCCUUGUGCAGGCUGCAGCCUCCAACGGUAGCCUUUUACAAGUGGGGUGAGCUGACAUAGUGCAGCGUGGAGGAGACGAGUGCACCCUGCGGUGAGCCCGCCAAGAUCCUGGGGUGCUAUCUUCCUGGCUCUCAGCACCCUAGAUGCAGCGCAGUGCUUGCAAAAUGCAGGCAGUCAGGGGCAGAUCCUAUAGCAGGAAAGACUGAGUGAGAGCUUGGGGGUGAGGGGGAUCCUUGGCUGUGUCUAGCACAGACUGUGACCCUGCUGUGGCCACAGUGAGUUGCUGAAAGAAGCCCUGCACAACUCUCAGCUGAUUUCCCUGAGGUCUGAGCAUAGGCUGGGCUGCUUUUACAGUGCGUUAAAAGAGAUUGCUUGUUUGCUGAGCCCAGCCCCUUCCCUUCCUGGGGCAAGUUAGGUGGGCGGGGGGCAUGAAAAGGGCAGGAUCCUGCUGGGCUGAAGCAACACUUUGAGGUCCAGCAUGCACAGAGGUGCUGAGCCUUACGUGGGGUGGGGUCAGAUUCUGAAAGGUGUUCUUCUGCCAGAAUCCAACUGUAGGGCACUGUGGCUGUGGUUCAGGGAGAGACAGAUCACCAGCCUCUAGAACAGGUUCCCAACCACCAGGCUGUAGCCUGAUACCAGGCUGCAAAGGGUUGGCUGCUGGGCUGUAGCAUGAGCCCCCUGCUUGGACCCCCAUAUGUCUGUCUGGACAGGCGGCUUCCUCCGUGUCAGCAGUCGCACAUGGGAUUAAAGCUGGGCGGCGGGGCAGCCCCAGGAGGGAGGCAGCUGGCUCUGCUGCUCCUGUGCCAGUCCGCAGCUUUAUAAAAGAGGUUAGGAACCGCUACAAUAGAAGAGCAGGGCUUUAAAUCCUGCCCCCACCCCCUUUUUAUUUUAUUUUUUUUAAACCCUUUUUUUGUUUUAAUUGCUAAAAAGCAGAACUUUUUCAAAGUGCCACGCUCCUGUCGACCCUCCAAGGGACUUGACUGGGGUCGCUUCAGCUCAGUCUCCUGGUAGGAUUGAGAUAGCUGAUCCCUCAGGCAGAAGUUGCAAGCACAGGAAACCCCAAGCUGGGCCCAGCCAGGAGCAGCCGCAGAGGCACCAGAUCUGUCUACAGUCCCUGGACGGUGCUGCGCCAGUCAGGCUAGGAAGGCAGGGUGAGGACUAGAAAGCCUGCUUUAGACCAGAGAGCGCCUCUUGCUUUUGGAGUAACUCUUCAGAGCGCAGCCUUUGAUCAGCAAGGAGACAGUCAGACACCCAUGUGCAAGCAGCUGGAGCCCUCUGAGGGUGCAGGGCAGCGUGACAGUCAGUGUGAGGUGUCUUUACUCGUCAGGGGAGCAAACGGGUUCAAGCAGAGAGUCGCUGCUGGGCCUCCCUCUGGCCAGGACCUAGGAGCAACCAUGCUGUCUCAUGAAGCCUGAUUCCCUGCCUCCGUUGUGAACAACAGCCACGAACGCAGGAGCCUCUUUCCCGAGUAUGCUUUUGCACUGAUGUUGGCAGCUGUCAGGCAGCCACGUGCCCUCUCUGCACAGGAGACGCGAGCGUGUGUCAAGGCAGACCUCUGUCUCCGGGCCUCUGAACGAACUGUGCUUUUUAUCUUUCAGGUAGGAUAUUUGCGGCUGGACGUCGGGGUUCCUGUUGCACAUGAAAUCUGUACCGUGCGCGUCGCACUGCGCUGGGCUGGGCUGCCAAGCGUGCCAGUCGCGUUUGCCUUUAACGGACAUGCGUGUUCCUCCCUCCAGAACCUAGUGAAAGCAAACUGCUUAACUUCCCUCUCUUUAUUUUUCAGGCGAUGCUUUGAUUAGUGUCAGUCCCCCCCCCCCCCUUUAUUUCACUUCCUCUGGCAGCGCAGAGCCUUUCCUGCACCCAGAGCUACUACACUCCACCCGUAGCCUAGGUUUUGAGCUAGAGUAGCUGUAGUGCUAGCUUGCUUUUUGUUUCCCUUUGGGAGAUGUGCUUGGAGGCUGCUGCCUCUAGGGCAGUCCAGUGCGUAGCUUCCCUUUCUGAAAGCAUGUGUGUGCGUGUGUUUGUAAAGGUGACUAGUCCAGUCUUCCUCAGUACGAAGUGUUGUAUCUGAUGUGGCCUCGCGAAGCCGCCUCCUGUACUUCUGGCCUCUGAUGUGGAGUUGUCUUUUCUACCCUGACCUUUUUUCUUUUUGGAGUAUAAGCUGUGAUUGCCCUUCCCUUGGGACUUGGGGGUGGGGGGUAGGUCUAGCAGCGUUUGAUUGCCACUCCUUUUUUCCAGAAAAAUAAAUGCUUGUAACAGA